ACCGGCUUUGGAUCGAGAAAGGAGUGGCGGAAACUUGAUUGUAGAUGGCUGAAACCCUAAGUUUGAAGAGAUGCGAUGGUGAUCAUGAUCGCAGAUGGGAUUAAGUUUCUGCUUUUGUCGUUGGCCAGUGCACGAAGAACAAGAAGUGUGUGUUUCUUUAAUUGCGGCACGUUCCACUUUCCCAAUUAAAUAUUUCUCUUUCCCAUUCUCAUCAUUUAAUAUUUAAUUUAAAAUUCAAUUCACAAUUAAAUAUUAUACUUAUUUUUAUCUAUUUUUGUUUACUUAUGUUUUGACUUUUGCAGCAAUAGGUGGUGACGAUUAAGACUCUGCUCCUAUAUGGAUAGUUUCUAGACAAGUCUGUAAGUUGACAUCCAAUUGAAUUCAUACGGUGUAGUAUGAUUUUAAAAUUACUUUGCUAAUUAGACUUUGUAAAAUCUGGUUAUCUGAAUGCAUCAUAUGCUCCAAUAUCAUGUCUAAUUACAUUAUGCGUUUGCAUCUAUACUUUAAAGAGCAUGAGCUCUGGGCAAACCAAUUAAGCUGGGAGCAAAAACGGCCAUGGGUUUCUACCCGGGCACAGCCAAGGUUUGUGUUGAGAUGGAUGUCUCCCUUGCCAAACCUCCAAAGAUCCAUGUGAGACUAGGCUCAAAAGAUGUGUGGCUCCCUUGCACUUAUGAAGAUCACCCUCUUUACUGCUCCCAGUGUAAAAGAUUUGGCCAUCUCCUUUCCCAUUGCCGGAGGAAAGGUCCGGUGGUGGUGGUGGGCCAUCAGGGAGCGGGGAACUCUAUUCCACAGAUUCAAGAAUGGAAAAUGGUCACCAGGAAACGUCCAAAACCCAGUCUGGUUGUGUCUCCAAAGUCCCCUCCUUUCAGUAAGACCCUUUCCCAACAACCCAUUAUUAAUUCUCACCAACAGCUAUACUCCAAAAACCCUGGUACCCCUGGGACUUCCACUUCCUCUUUGGCAUCUUGUCCUCAAUUUUUUUCCCAACCCUGCAUGCCACUACUCCAUCCCAUUGUGGAAGACACCUCAGAUGUUGAAUCACCUCUCCAUAAACCCACUUUGUACCGGGCCCUACCACCUUCACCCUUGCAAACCCUAACCCCCCCUUUGCCGCCACCUCCCUUUCCCCCAGACCUUUCUUUCCUUUAUCCCAGUAAUCAUAAUUCUUGCCAAGAGAUAAUCCCCUUCAUCCAUCCUCUUUCCCCUCAGCCUAUUCUAGGGAGUAAAGAUGACUCUUUCUUACCCAUAACCUCUGAUCCUUCUUGGGAGCCUGAGGAAUUUGACAAUGAAGAUCCUGAAAGCAUCUCACCUUUGGGCUACCACUCAGAGGGAGACCAACCCACUCCUCAGCAAACCCCUAUUUCUCCUAUGGAGAUGGACUUAUCAUUGUGCUCCAAAGUCUCAAUGCCUUUACAGAAAUCAGGAUUUGAAAAAGCAUCACAUGGUCUCACUGGUUAUGCAACCAGGAGCAAGACAAGGAAGAGAUGGAUUUUUUGGAAUAAUGACUACCUUGUCCUUACCUCUUACCAAGAUGAAAACCAGAUCACCCACUGCCAUUUCACCCUCACAGCCUCCCAAUCACCUAUCAUCAUAACCUCAGUCUAUGGUGCCCACUCUAUAGCUGACAGGAGAGAACUUUGGAGCAAUCUUCAGAAUUACAGCAAGCUCAAUCAUCAAUGGAUAAUUGGGGGAGAUUUCAACACCAUUGCAUCCCUUACUGAAUUCAAAGGGAAAUGUAUACCAAGCUCUCAAGGUAUGGAAGAAUUUUCAGAAUGUAUCUCAAACUGUAACUUGAUCACUCUGGAACCACAAGGUGGUUUGUUCACUUGGUCUGGGACCCAGAGCCAAGGAAGGACCUGGAGGAGACUCGACAGAAUACUGGCUAAUAUAUCUCUUCUAGCUUAUUAUGAUGAUGUCUCCUUAAAGCACCUGUCCAAAUUCAAUUCAGAUCAUAAACCCCUUUUGGUACAUUGUAGUAAGUCCACUCCUACUGGUCCAAAGCCUUUUAGAUUCCUUAAUGCUUGGACCUUGCAUGACACCUUCCAUUCCAUGGUUCAAAAGACUUGGGGUAAUCUGCCCACCAUAGGAGGAAUGAGGGGAUUGGCUAACAAACUAUCUAGCCUCAAAGCAGCCCUUAAAACCUGGAACAAGGAAACUUUUGGAGACAUUUUCUCCCAACUUCAACAAGCAGAAGACAAAGCUUUGGAAACGGAAAAGGAUUUUGAGAUCAAUCCUUCACAAGAAAAUAGAGAAAUUAUGCAGAAAGCCAAUGCAGCCUUGAUUUAUGCCACAAACCUGGAAGUCCAAUACUGGAAGCAAAAGGCAAACAUUAGAUGGCUGGAAAAGGGAGAUUCCAACUCCAAACUCUUUCAAGCCUAUGUUAAAGGAAAGAGAAGGAAACUCUCUAUAUCUCAUAUUAUUAAACCAAAUGGAGCAGGCACUAGCAACCCCUCUGAGAUCAAGACAGAAGCCAUCUCCUUCUUUGAAAACAGCUUCAAGCAAUGCCAACAUCCUUCUUUUGAUCCUAUCCUUCCUCUCAUCCCCUUGAUCCUAACCUCAGAUGAUAACCUCAGAAUCUGUGCCAUCCCCUCUAUGGAUGAAGUUAAACAGGCUGUUUGGGAACUAGAUGGCAAUAGUGCAAGUGGACCUGACGGGUUCAAUGGAAAUUUUUUCAAAGCUACCUGGGAAACUAUCAGACAGGAUGUUCUCACUGCAUCUCAAGAAUUCUUCAUGGGGCAACCUAUUCCUAGAGCUUAUGGAAGCACUUUUUUGACCCUCAUCCCAAAAACUGAUAACCCUAAAAGAUUUGAAGACUACAGGCCUAUUUCUCUCUCCACUUUCAUGAGCAAAAUUAAUACCAAACUCCUUGCAAACAGACUCAACAAAAUUCUGCCCAAAUUGAUUUCUAAGGAACAAGCAGCAUUCCAAAAAGGAAAAUCCAUUGAUGACCAUAUCCUUAUGGCACAAGAAGCUGUCCACCUCCUUGACAAAAAGAUUCAACAUAUGGAGAAGGCUAUUGGAAUCAGUAGAGGCAAACUCCCUUUCACCUACCUGGGAGCACCUAUUUGUCGUGGGAUUCUGAGAAAAGAACACUGCAAGGACAUCCUGGGACAUUUUGAGAAACGCAUCCACUCCUGGUACAGCAAAACCUUGAACCAAAUGGGCAGACUUAUCCUUAUCAAGCAUGUGCUUUCAUCAAUCCCAUUACACAUACUUGUAGUGCACACCCUUCCUAAAUCUAUCAUCCAUACUCUUACCAAGUACAUGGCUAAUUUCCUCUGGGGACAAAAGGAGGGUGCACAAAAAUAUCACUGGAUAAGGUGGAACAAACUGACAAAACCAGAGAAAGAGGGGGGUCUUGGAAUCAAAAGCUUGGAAGACCAACAUCAAGUGUACACUCUCAAGCUCUGGUGGAAGGCAAAAAAUGAUGUGGGCAUCUGGGGACCAUUUGUGAGAGCAAAAUAUAUGAAAACAGGAAUCAUAAAGGAGAAGAUCACUGACUCUCCCACUUGGAAGAGAAUUUGUAGAACAAAUGUACUUGCAGAUUCCCAUACCAGUGUUGUAGGCGAAGAUAUGCUCUGGAAUGGAGGUACUUUCAAUCUCAAGGAAGCCUACAAGGUGGUUCAAGAUAGUGGACCAAACCUACUCUCUUGCAAAUACAUUUGGCACAUCUCAAACACACCAAAAAUCAGGAUUUUCUUGUGGAAAUUACUCAAUGAUGGACUCCCCUUCCCACAAAACAUCUGCAAAUUCGCCUGUCAUCUCCCAAGCCUUUGCCUUUUAUGCCAAAACAACAAUGAUGACAUGGAUCACAGCUUACUCCAAUGUCCAACAGCCUCCCACGUAUGGAACAAGCUUGCCAUAAUGGCCAAUGGACCAAGGGUGAAGAAGGACACCACACUGCGCCAACAUCUCCUUGCAUGGUGGUUCGGAAGCAACACCAAACACUUCAAAGACUAUGAAGAAGGGAAAGGAGCGAUUACAGGUGACCGGGACAGAGAUGGUGGGGAAAAAAAAGCGAGGGCUGGAAAGAGGAAGUUGGUGGAUAUCAAGGCACCAUAUGGGUCGUUGAAGACAAGGUCCACACCGCAUGUAUUGAUGAAAGCAAUACAAAGGAUGAAUGUUGUUCAGCGUGCUGAGGUUGAAAGAAUUGGGUUUGGAUCAGUUUUAAGGCUUGAUAUUUGGGAGUUGCCAUCAAGAUUGGGUCUUUGGGUUGUAAGUAACUAUGAUGCGAGGAGCAGCUGCUUAAAACUUCCGGACAGUACGAAGAUGCACAUAACUGCCGAAGAUGUUAAUACCGUAUUGGGCUGGCCGGUGGGGGGAGAGCGGGUUCAGAAUAACAAGCGCAACAAGGACAAGUCACUGUUGAAUGAGUGGAGACUUAAGUUUGAUACGACGGGUAUUAAGAUCACUCCGAAUGAUGUUGUAGAGAAGAUGUUGGAGUGCACAGAGGGAGGAGAGUGGUUUGUGAGGCAUUUUGUAAUGCUAAUUGUGUCGGUGCUUGUGGAUAGCACAUCACACGGUUAUGUGAAUGCAUUGGUGAUGGACAAUUUGAGAGAUGUUGGAAGAGUUCCAAGGCUAGAUUGGUGUCAAUAUGUCCUUGACAAGCUCAUAGAGAACAAGUUGAAGUGGGAGAAAAAAAAGAAGCAGUUAUUCAGUGGUCCACUGUUGUUUCUACUGGUGUUCUACGUAGAUCGUGUGUCUGAUUUUUCAAGGACGGUUCCUAGGACAUAUCCAGUUGUGUUGGCCUGGAGUGGAAAGGAACUAAGGAAAAGAGAGAACAGUGAAGUUACUGAGGGGGGUUUUGGUUCAGGUCAUGACGAUGGGCGAAUGAGUCGUGAGGCGCGCAUUCAGCUGAACGGAGAUAUGAAUGAGAGAGAACAGGACUGAUAACUCGAGUUUGGGUUAAUAUUUUUAAUUCUCUUUUUGGCAUUUUUAGUACUUUUAUUGUUUAAUUUUCAUUUGUUUAGCUUAGUUUUAUUUUA